UUCUCUCUCUCUAAAAGCUUUAUAUCCUUCACUUCACACUCCACUUCAUACAUCACAAGUAUUUUUCUCUUCAAUUUUCUUCUCAUUGUAUGUCACUUGGAAUUUUGUACAACUACACGUUCUUCUAGGCGCGACCUUUCAUAGUUUGCAAUUAAACAAACUAUCGUGACCACAUAGAUUCCUGUUCAAUAAGAUUUAUGGUGGGAGAGAACUAAUCAUUGGACCCAGAAGCAAGUUGCGGAGAAAGUUUGAAUUUUGACGAGAUUGUGAAUGUGGGAAUGGAAGCACGGAUGAGAAAGUUCCGACAAUUGAGUCCAGAGAGGGCCAAAGUGUGGACGGAAAAGUCCCCAAAGUACUAUCAGAAUCGGAAGGUGCCGGUCGUUUACUAUCUUUGCAGGAAUAGGCAGUUAGAACAUCCUCAUUUCAUGGAGGUUCCUCUUUCAUCCCCUGAUGGGUUGCUUCUGAGAGAUGUGAUUGAGAGACUAAACGCCUUGAGAGGUAGAGGCAUGGCUUCUUUGUAUUCGUGGUCUUGUAAGAGAAGCUACAAAAACGGAUUCGUGUGGCAUGAUCUCUGUGAAGACGAUCUAAUUCUACCUGCUCAUGGAAAUGAGUAUGUCCUCAAAGGUUCUGAGCUAUUUUACGAAUCAAAUUCAGAACGUUUUGACCCUACUAGCACUGUGAAAACACAGAACCUGAAGCAGUUGCCAGAGCCUGUUUCUUGUAGGAGCCAUGAUGAGGCUUCCACCUCUUCCAGCAUGAAUGAGAAAGAUACAAGAAACUCCCAAGAAGAUGAUGAACUUUCGCCAAGACAACAAGCCGGUUCAUCUGACGUGUCUCCUCAGUCUAGAGCUGGAACAAGUGAUUCUCUUAGCUUACCAUUGACAGAAUACAAAAUCUACAAGACUGAUGGAUUGGCAGAUGCUUCAACUCAGACAGAAGAAAAUAUUGGCAAAACCGAAACCCAGAAAACGUGUACCAGGGGUGUAUCAACCGAGGAUGAUGGGUCAUUGGAUCAGGAAUGCCAUGAAAUAAGUGAUACUCAAGUGAAAGACAAUUCUGAAAUUGGUAGGGAUACUAUUUCUCCUCUCCCCUCAACUUCUAGUCCAUCAUCUUCUGGAGGGAAAACUGAGACUUUGGAGUCCCUUAUAAGAGCUGAUGUGAGUAAAAUGAACAGCUUUAGGAUCCUAGAAGAGGAGCGUAUUCGAAUGCAAACCAAUGCAAGGCUGAAAGCCUCAAGUCUACUAAUGCAACUGAUCUCAUGCGGGUCUAUAUCUGUGAAAAAUCAUAGUGUUGGCCUUAUUCCUUCUUACAAGACCAGGUUUUCCAAUUCCAAAUUCCCCUCCCCAUUGUUCUCAUCUUCUGUUAUGUUUGGGGAAUUUGACUGUCUAGCAGAGAAAACGAAGGUGAUGGGCCUCAAAUUGGAAGACAAAGAAUAUUAUAGUGGGAGCGUAGUGGAGUCUAAAGUACUGAAGGAAGAAGGUGGACAUAAUGUUGUUCUAAAACACUCUUCUUCUUACAAUGCUGAGAGGACAUCUACAGAGUUGAAAUCACAAGACACCGAGGAAUCAUCAUCCCCAGCAAAUUCAAAACGCAUGAUAUCUCCUGUUUCUGAUGGAUCAAGAAAUUCCAUGGAUAGAGCCAACGGUUCAGACAUAUCUUCAGCACCAUCUAAUGGAAGCAGCAAAAGAAUCACUGAAAAUUCAUCAGGGUCAGGGAGAAAGCAAUCUAAGAGGGUAGACUCAUUCAGAGAAGAGGAGAGGGUGAUCAAAAUUGAAGAAAGUUAAGUGUUGUCUUUAUUCAUUUGGUUGUUCUCAUAGUUUUCAGGUAUUGAUUGAUGAGUUUGAUUUAAUUCAACAGGCUUGCUUCUGGAGCUCGGGUUAUAAUCCAGUCUAAACCAUUUUGAGACACAGCUCUGAAAUAUUUUUGUUACAGAUGUUAGGCAGCUAGCAAAAACUGCUAGUUUACAAUUUUUGUUUGAAGGCAACAUGAUGGUGUAUAUCUAUGUCUGUCCAUGUGAUGUAUCCCUAAAUGAACAAAGUGAAAAUGUUGACAGAUUAUCGAGUGCAUGGGGAUUGGGGGGGCUAAUAGUGAAGGUGUGGUCCCAUGGUCUCCUAUUACAUCUUAUAGGGACACCACCUGAAAUCAAGUGAUUGCACAUUUUUUUGUCACUACACAUACUUAUAUAUAUGGUAUUAUUUUGGCCUGCA